UCCUGCUUCCUGGACCAGCCCAGCUCUGGGUUCAGAGAGAGGCAGAGAUGCAGCUGGCCACACAGCUGUGGUUAGAGGGGGUGGACUAGCCCCAAGUCCCCCAUGUUCUCAGCAUCUAGAGCCACCUUGGGCCCCAGAGGGAGGAAUGUCAGGGCCAGACCGGCUGAGAACUAGGGACAUUGAAGCUUCUGUUCGGCCAGGCCAUGAUUACUACAAGACAGCCUGGUGCUCCAUCCCACACCCUCUGAUGAGGCCAUGAGGCACAGACUGGAACAGGGCCAGUCUUUGCAGGGUCUCAAAGAAUCAUGGACUGAGUCCAGCUGGUCCCCAGUGCACAGAUGGAGGAAUUAAGGCCGGGGGAAGCAGAGAGGCUGGUCUUUGGCCACACAGGAAGGUCCCCCCUCUUCCAGAACCUUCUGCUCUUGCUGUGGACCCUCCUGAGCUGUGGUUUGGGCGUCACUGCUCAGGGGCCGGGGGAGUGGACGCCGUGGGGGUCCUGGACCCGCUGUUCCAGCUCCUGCGGACGGGGCGUCUCUGUGCGCAGCCGGCACUGUAUCCGGUUUCCGGGGGAAGAACUGUGCUGGGGGGACAGCCAUGAGUACCGCCUGUGCCAGCUGCCGGACUGUCCUCCAGAGGCCAUGCCCUUCCGAGACCUACAGUGUGCUCUCUACAAUGGCCGCCCUGUCCUGGGCACCCAGAAGACCUACCAAUGGGUGCCUUUCCACGGGGCGCCCAACCAGUGCGACCUCAACUGCCUGGCCGAGGGGCACGCUUUCUACCACAGCUUCGGCCGCGUCCUGGACGGUACCCCCUGCAGCCCCGGUGCCCAGGGCCUGUGUGUGGCUGGCCGCUGCCUUAAGGCCGGCUGUGAUGGGGUGCUGGGCUCGGGCGUCCUCGAGGAUCGCUGCGGCCUCUGCGGCGGCGCUAACGACUCGUGCCUCUUCGUGCAGCGCGUGUUCCGCGACGCUGGUGCCUUCGCCGGCUACUGGAACGUGACCCUGAUCCCUGUGGGCGCCAGACACAUCCGUGUAGCCCAGCGGAGCCGCAACCACCUGGCGUUGAUGGGGGGCGAUGGGCGCUACGUGCUCAACGGGAACUGGGCGGUCAGCCCGCCCGGCACCUACGAGGCUGCAGGCACCCACGUGGUCUACACCCGUGCUUCGGGGCCAGAGGAGACGCUGCAGGCAGCCGGGCCCACCUCUCAAGACCUGCUCCUGCAGGUCCUCCUGCAGGAGCCCAACCCUGGUGUGCAGUUUGAGUUCUGGCUUCCUCAGGAGCGCUACGGCCCCUUUCAGGCUCAGGCACAGGCCUUGGGCUGGCCCUUGCGUCAGCCUCAGCCCCGAGAAGUGGAACCUCAGUCCCCUGAGUCCCCUGCAGGCCCUGCACGGGUCCCAACCCUGGCCCCAGAUCCCUGCCCACCCUGUCCUGACACCAGAGGUCGGGCCCACCGGCUACUUCACUAUUGCGGCAGUGACUUCGUGUUCCAGGCCCAUGUGUUGGGCCGCCACCGUCAGGCCCAGGAGACGCGCUAUGAGGUACGCAUCCUGCUGAUUUACAAGAACCGCUCGCCACUUCGGACUCGAGAGUACGUGUGGGCACCGGGCCACUGCCCCUGCCCACCACUGGCCCCCCAUCAAGAGUAUCUGCUGGCUGCCCAGCGCCUUGUCAGUCCUGAUGGCACACGGGACCGACUGCUGCUGCCGCAUGCUGGCUAUGCCCGGCCCUGGAGCCCUGCUGAGGAUAGCCGUGCACGGUUGGCUGCACAACGCUGUCCUGUCUGAGGCCCUGGCUGACACCUUCACCACACACUGCAAGAACAACACACCAGCCAGGCUGAAAAUCAAACGUAUUUCUCCUCUCACCUUGGCUCACUCAGGGAGCUCAGAAGUAACUCCCACCUGCAGCAUGUCACAUGUAUUUGGUCACCUCUGCAUGUAGGGAGAUCCACUGCUGUGAGCAGACAGACCCUGGUGAGGACAUGCUGAGGCUAACUGUAACUCUUAUUUCCCUUCUCACAUUGGCUGCAAGGAAUGCUGCAGUUGUUUUACACUCUGAAAUAUGUCUACUUUAAUUCCCCUUGCCUCACACUCACUUGCUUAGAGACACUGUCACAAACAAGCAGGUCCCAGAGGAAGACAUGCCUAACCAAGACAUUAUAAUGUACCCAUUUCCUCUUUGCCUGGGUACCAGGAAACU